CUGUCAGCUGAUGCUCACAGCUUCAGCUCUGUCAGUACUAACACCGGGCAACACACACCUAGCAUUACAACAACUCACAAUAGAGAAAGCCCCAGUGCAAUCAUAUAUUACUACAGCUAUUCAUUGCCACUGCUUGCUGUCUGGACCAGUACCAGCAAUGUCUUCUCUGGUGGUAAAAAAGGAUCAACAAGGGAAGGAGCAGCAUGACAGCCAGACUUUCAUGUACACCAGGAAGAGAGGCUAUGAUAUAACCCGGGACCCGCAUCUUAACAAGGGUAUGGCGUUCUCUCUGGAAGAGAGACUACAACUGGGUAUCCAUGGCCUUCUUCCUCCUUGUUUUCUCAGUCAAGAUGUCCAGGUUUUGAGAGUGCUUCGAAACUACGAGAGGCAGAAAAAUGACCUUGAUAGGUAUAUCUUGUUGAUGGGACUGCAAGAUCGGAAUGAAAAGCUGUUUUACAAAGUUUUGACAUCUGACAUUGAGAGAUUCAUGCCUAUUGUUUAUACUCCCACAGUAGGCUUAGCUUGUCAACAGUAUGGCUUAGCGUUCCGAAGACCAAGAGGCCUCUUUAUUACAAUUCAUGAUCGUGGUCAUCUAUCCACAGUAAUAAAAUCAUGGCCUGAGGACAACAUUAAGUCUGUUGUAGUGACUGAUGGAGAGAGGAUCCUUGGUCUGGGGGAUCUUGGAAGUUAUGGGAUGGGAAUUCCUGUUGGCAAGCUGGCACUUUAUACAGCAUGUGGAGGAGUAAAGCCUCAGGAGUGUCUACCUGUUAUGUUGGAUGUAGGAACUGAUAAUGAGGAGUUACUAAAAGACCCGUUGUAUAUUGGACUAAGACACAAAAGAGUAAGAGGAAAGCCUUAUGAUGACCUUCUGGAGGAAUUUAUGAAAGCUGUAACUGACAGGUAUGGUAUGACCUGCCUCAUCCAGUUUGAAGAUUUUGCUAAUGCCAAUGCCUUUCGCCUACUGAACAGAUAUCGUAAUCAGUACUGCACGUUCAACGAUGAUAUUCAAGGCACUGCAGCUGUUGCGGUAGCCGGACUCCUUGCAGCACUUCGUAUUACAAAGAAUAAACUAUCCGGUCACACAGUACUUUUCCAAGGAGCAGGAGAGGCUGCUAUGGGAAUUGCAGACUUAAUAAUUAUGGCCAUGGAGAAAGAAGGUACAACCAGAGAAGAUGCAGUUAAGAAAAUCUGGAUGGUGGAUUCUAAAGGGCUGAUAGUAAAGGGUAGGUCUUCUCUUACCCAUGAAAAGGAGCGCUUUGCCCAUUCACACAAGGAAAUGAAGAGUCUGGCAGAUGUUGUUAAAGAUAUCAAACCAACAGCUUUAAUAGGCGUUGCAGCUAUUGCUGGAGCUUUUACUGAGCAGAUUUUGAAAGACAUGGCUGUUUUGAAUGACCAACCAAUUAUAUUCGCCCUCAGCAAUCCAACAAGUAAAGCAGAGUGCACUGCAGAACAGUGUUAUGCCCUGACUGAGGGCCGUGGAAUUUUUGCAAGUGGAAGUCCUUUUGAUCCCGUCACGCUUCCAGAUGGACGAACACUUUAUCCUGGGCAGGGAAACAAUUCCUAUGUGUUCCCAGGUGUGGCCCUUGGUGUUGUUGCAUGUGGCAUGAGGCACAUAAGUGAUGAUGUUUUUCUGGCCACUGCUGAGAUCAUAGCUGAUCAAGUUUCAGAUGAACAUUUGAAAGAAGGACGUUUGUAUCCACCUUUGCAAACAAUAAAGGAAGUCUCAGUUAAGAUAGCUGUCAAGAUUGUAGAGAAUGCGUACAAACAUAACACAGCGUCUGUCUUUCCGGAACCUUCAGAUAAGGAGGCAUUUGUCCGAUCUCAUAUGUACAGUACUGAGUAUGACCAGUUUGUGGAGGAUUCCUACUCCUGGCCAGAUGAAGCUAUGAAAGUUCAGACGGUCACACUGUAAACUCAUCAGUAGCACAAUGGUGGAAGGA